GAAAGAAAGGAAUUUCGUUACUACAAUUAUAUAUCAUAAUAAGUUUGCUAUGUUUUUGCUUUUAAUCUGCAUUUUAUGUUUCUAAUAUAAGCAAAAACUGAAGAAAUGCGUGGUGAAGUAAAACUUUCAUAAAAUCUAUGUCAAAGUGCAGAUUUCUUACGGAAAAACAAGUUUAUUACGUCAUGGUAUGAGGGAACCGAAUAGUUUGGAGGAAGUUACGCCUGUAAGGCUUAACACUUCCGAAUUGCGAAUAAUGGCGCUUCGACAGCAACAACAAAUUGAUACCCAACAACAAUUAUUAGCCGCCAGAGAGCAACGUCUCCGUUUCUUAAAAGCGCAAGAAGCUUGUGAAACCGUAGCAGCAGCCGAAGGAGAACGUUUACGUAGACUUCGAGAGCGAGUGGAAGCCCAAGAAUCGAAGCUACGUCGACUAAGGGCAUUACGAGGACAAGUGGAUUUACAGAAAACGUACAAUGUAACUCUUGGUAAUGAUUUAGACUCAAUACGAGCUUUAUUCAGUGAAAAAGAAAAGGAAUUGACGCUCGCAGUAGCCAAAGUCGAGGCAUUGACAAGGCAACUUGAGGAGCUUAGACGAGAUAGGAGAGGCACACUGAAUUUGUUUACCGGUUUACCCAGUCAUGCACAGCUGAACAGUUCGCCUGCAACCAUAGAAUUAGAGAAACUUAGAAGAGAGCUCAUGUAUCGAAAUCAAUUAUCUUUGCAACAAGAUGCGCGACUUCAUCUGCAACGGGAAGCUUUACAAAAACGGCAGGCGGAACUUCAAUCAGUAGAUCAGCGAAUUCUAGAACUGCAAGGCCGUCUAAACAAAAAGAGGACAUCGAAUAUCAUUCAACACCAACAGAGCUCUUCAACGCAAAUAUCCCAUUCCAAUAAUCAUUGUGCUAAUCAUGUUCGGUCGGUAUCUUCAAGCUUUUAUCCUCAACAAAGAGUCCCACGAAGUAAUAUCGUUGCCGUUGAACCAUUUAACCACAUACCGCAGAAAAGUAUCGCACUGGGUAACAACUGCAAUAAGAUGAACAUUUUAAAUAACAAUACUAAUAUAAACAAUUCAGCACAAACUCAAGCUGUCCACGAGAUUGCAAGUAACAAGUCUCAAGAUAAUCGUCAAUUUCCAGCACAAGUGACCAGCAGUUUUAAUCUGAACGAACAUAAUAUGGCUGCUGAAAGCGAUGAGAAUAAAUUGGCCAGACAGAAAAAACAGGAACAUGUGCUUAAAAAUACAGCGGAAUAUGAUCAUGAACCCACAUUUUCGGCCAUGGAAGCGCAAAUCUCACAAGUUUCAGAUGUCAGUAAGCUAUCGAAUAGUCAUGAUCAGAUGAAUAACAAUAAAACGAUGUAUGUGGAACAUGACAUUCAUAACGACGAGCUUAUUGUAAACAACAGAUACGAUUAUAAUCAUGAGCGCAAUUCCGACAAUAAUAGAACUAUGUGCACGAAUAAUAAUGAUGUCGUAGAUAACCAACAACUAUCCAGUACGAAUGAUUGCGAUAGCGAUAAAGUUUCUGAUUUGAAUGGGUUUUCAUCGCGGACGCAAGUAACUGCAACGGUUCACAGUACGCCUUUAAGCUUCUUAAACAAAUCCGUUGCUGUACCGGUAACGCUGUCGAAUUUACCCAUAUCCAAUGAUGAGCAAAAAGCACUGAUCAAAUCUAAAUCUUUGCAAAACAAUAGCAAAGGAUUCGCUUACAGUUUGUUGCAUAACAUACCAUCUGGUAAUUUGGUUGUGCCACCUCGUAAACCAAACAAUGCAUCACCGCUAGCUGGAAAACAUGUGUCUCAAGAUAUCAAAAUUAAUAUGGUAACACCUCAAACACAAAACCAACACAUGUCUCAAUCAGAGGAAAGUGUUGACAAAUUAAAACCAACCCUGCCACCGAAACCCAACAAAAAUAAUACUCAAACACCAGAAAUAGACUGUGGAUUUAAAUCUGUUGCUGAAAACAAUAGCAAUAACGAACAUAUGCCAACUGGUACCAACAUUCCAUCAAAGGCUAGCAUUAGUAACAACCCAUCGGACAAUUUACCUAUUAAAGCCAAACCACUGACAAUUAAAAAAUCACCACAUUCCGAGCAACCCAGAUUGAAACACAUUUCUAACAACAUCAAUGCAUACAAAGUUCAGCAUUCGGGAACGCACCGCAUGUUGGAAUCAUCAUACUUGCUGGCCGAAGUGGGAAAAUCUGGCGAUGACCCUCUAUCAGAUUCACUCCUUAUAACAGACGCAGAAAAAAGUGACAAUGCAAACAGACAACUAGAAUACAAAAAUCAAACUCAACGUACUGCCAUCAAACGCUUGAAUAUUGAAAAUUCAUCGGAGAUCAAUAUUGGUGACGAGCAAUCGCAUGAUAAGAAAUUGGAGGAAGUAUCAAGGCGGAAGCGUAGUUUCAUAUCAGCAGUAGUAAACGAUGGGAAAAUAAAACUAGCCCGUCGUGUAAGCUUUGAUCCAUUAGCUUUGCUACUGGACGCUAGUUUAGAGGGUGAACUCGAGCUUGUGCAGAAGACCGCAUUGCAGGUACCUAAUCCGAGUGCCGCAAACGAUGAAGGUAUUACUGCGCUUCACAAUGCAAUUUGUGCCGGUCACGUGGAAAUUGUUAAAUUUUUAGUUAACUUUGGCUGCGACGUUAAUGCACAGGAUUCCGAUGGAUGGACCCCACUGCACUGUGCUGCAAGCUGCAACAAUCUCUCAAUGGUGAAAUUUUUAGUUGAGUCCGGAGCUUGUUUAUUUGCGGCAACCUUGUCCGAUCAUGAAACUCCUGCAGAAAAGUGUGAAGAGGAUGAAGAAGGCUUUGAUGGCUGUUCUGAAUAUUUAUACAGUAUUCAAGAAAAACUAGGAAUAUUGAACAGUGGAGAAGUUUACGCAGUAUUUUCGUACGAUGCUCAACAGCCAGACGAAUUGAGUUUUUCAGUAAACGAUAAGCUAACCAUUAUACGUAAAGGAGACGAAUCUGAGAGAGAAUGGUGGUGGGCAAAGGAUUGCGGCGGAAGAGAGGGAUACAUUCCCAGAAAUUUACUUGGAUUUUUUCCACGUGUUACACCUUGCAGUGACAAUCACCUUGAAUAGCAUGAACACAAAGGUGUAUAUAAAUAUAUACAUAUCUCUAUUUUAAAUUAUGUAUUGUAAUGCUUUACGAAGUGAGUUUGUUAUAAGAUACAAUUUAUAUGGUCAAAAUAAAUAUUUUGUAGCUAAA